UCAAACCGGGAUAAAAACCCCCAAACCCGGGAUAAACCCGCGAUCAAACCCCGCGGCCAGCGGGAUAAAACCCGGACUAGCAGCGCGAUAAAACCCCUAAAAAGCGGCAUAAAAGCGGCACAAAAACCCCAAAACCCGGGAUAGAAGCGGGACAAAAACCCCCAAAGCGGACCGGCGAGAGCCAUGAGCGGCCGGAGCUGAGCAUUCCCGGUUUCCCGGCGGCAUUCCCGCGGCUUCUCCAGCCAUGUCCUUCGCCAUGCUGCGCUCGGCGCCGGGGCGCUUCCUGUACCCCGAGAUCAGCGCGCUGUCCGAGGACGAGGAGAACAGCGAGAGCUCGGGCUCGGAGGAGAAGCCCUUCCACAUGGAGGGCGACGCGUUCGGCAUCAAGGGCGGCAAGCGGCGGCCCGGCAAGAGCCGCGGCAGGCUGGCGCGGGAGCCGCGGCAGCGGCACACGGCGAACGCCCGCGAGCGGGACCGCACCAACUCGGUGAACACGGCGUUCACGGCGCUGCGCACGCUCAUCCCCACCGAGCCGGCCGACAGGAAACUCUCCAAGAUCGAGACGCUGCGCCUCGCCUCCAGCUACAUCUCGCACCUGGGCAACGUGCUGCUGCUCGGCGACGCGGGCGGCGGCGGGCAGCCGUGCCACGGAGCGGCGGCGGCGGCGGCAGCGCCCGCAACGGCAGCGGCGGCGGCGGCGGCGGCGGCGGCGGCGGCGUUCUGCUCCGCCGGGGCCGCGUCCCCGCCCGGCCGGGAGAGCGAGAGCGCCCAGCCCCGGCAGAUCUGCACCUUCUGCCUCAGCAACCAGCGCAAAAUGAGCAAAGACCGGGACAGGAAGACGGGACAGCUCCGGAGCUAGGCCGGGAAUUCCAGCCGGGAAUUCCAGCCGGGAAUCCCAGCCGGGAAUCCCAGCCCGAGCAGGGAAAGCCACGCUGGAAGAUUCCAGAAUCCAGGGACGUUUUCCUGCUGGAUCCCACGGGAAGAGCGGCACCGACAUUCCAGAGGAUCCCACGGGACACAGAGGAUGUGCCGGAAUUCCGGGAGAUCCGGGGAAUGUGGAGCCGCUCCGGGAAUCCUCGGGAAUUCCUGCCCUGGGAUCCUGGGUCACGGAACACUUGGAUCUUUGGGAGCCGCUCCGGGAAUCCUCGGGAAUUCCUGCCCUGGGAUUCUGGAUCAUGGAACAUUUGGAUCUCCGGGGUUUGCUCCGGGAAUCCUCAGGAAUUCCUGUCCCAAGAUUCCAGAUAACAGAACUCCAGGAGUUCCUGGAAAUUCCCCGCCCCAGGAUUCUGGAUCAUGGAACACUUGGAUAACUCGGAUGCUUGGGAAUUCCCGCCCCGGGAUCCUGAUCACAGAGCGCUUGGAUCUCUGGGAUCCGCUCUGGGAAUUCCUGCUCCGGGAUUCUGGAUCACAGAACACUUGGAUCACUCGGAUCUGCUCCGGGAAUCCUUGGGAAUUCCUGCCCUGGGAUUCAGGAUCACGGAACACCGGGAUCACUCAGAUCUGCUCCGGGAAUCCUCGGGAAUUCCUGCCCUGGGAUUCAGGAUCACGGAACACUUGGAUCACUCGGAUCCUUGGGAAUUCCUGUCCUGGGAUCCUGAUCACGGAGCGCUUGGAUCUCCUGGAUCCACUUGGGAAUCCCUGGGAGUCCCUGUCCCUCAUGGAACAUUGGGGUCUCUCAGAUCCAUUCCAAGAAUCCUUGGGAAUCCCUGGGAAUCCCUGGCCCGGGAUUCCUCCUCAUGGAACACUUGGAUCUCCUGGAUCCACUCCAGGAAUUCCUGGGAUCUCGCGGACACUCGUGGAGCUUUUGGCUCUCCCAGAGCCACUUCCCGGAUCCACUUCCUGCUUGGAGCCGCUUGAUCUUGGAACUGAUCCUGGGGGGACCAAUCCCUGAACUGAUCCCAGAACUGAUCCUGGAAUUAAUCCUGGAACUGAUCCUGGAAUUAUUAAUCCCAGAACCGAUCCCUGAACUGAUCCCUGAACGGAUCCCAGCACCGAUCCCUGAGCGCGGGAUGCAGGGGCUGCGUUUUUUGGGAAUUAUCAAUCACAUGCUGGAAUUUCAUGUUGUUGAUGUGGGAAUUAAUUAAAU